UCCUGCUGGUGUUGCACGCUUAGGUCGAUUGCAGAUGGGUUUGUUUACAUGAGAGUGAGCAAAUAGACAUUGAAUCAUGCUAGCGAACGUAGUAGCAUUGAAUACGGCCGUAUGUGACAUCACACACUGUUCACAACACACUACACACUAUGUAAAUAAUUUGUGAUUUUUCAAGCGACUAUAUAUUUUGCGGUUCGAUCGAUGCUAUCCAGUCGGCAGUGAAACUUGUUACAAGAACGUACUCGUACGGCUUUACUUGCGCAAAUCGUUGUUUUCAUACACAGUCAAUUUUUUUUUUCUUUUUUUUCGACGUCGUUGUUUUUGUAGUUCCAGUUCAAUAUUUCAAAGCAAUUAACGCGACAACGAAACAAACAAUAAUAAUCAUAUUAAAAGGAAUAAACAAUAAAGCACUUUAGGUGAUGAUUUGAGUAACGGAUGUUUCAAUAUAUUUACAAACAUUCUGAGUGUGGGAAUUUUUAAUUGCAUCAAAAUACUUGAGAAUAACUUCAAUUUACCUGAAAAGGAGAAAAUAAAACAACAGUCAUUCAGUCGGUGGUAGUGAAUAAAACGGUUUUAAAGACUUGCGAGAUCGAGAGACGGAGAGAAAGAACGAGUUUUUAUUUUUCUUCUUCCUUCAUAUCGAGAAACAGAGAGAGAGAGAGAAAAGACGUUGUGAUCGAAAAUUCCUGCUUUUGCAGACAAUUAGAGAGUGUAUACGCCAGUCGAUUUUACGAGGAAAAGAAAUUGUGCGCACAGAAGAAUAUAAAUAUACAAUUGAUACGUUCCACACAUGGCGAAAGAGUUGUUUUUAUCACCUAUUCCAAGUAAAACAACAUCGAUGACAAUGAGACUGUUAGUCGCGCUCACCUUGGCGUUGUAUUUAUUUGGAUCGUAUGCAGUUGCCGAUGACGAAUAUUUGUCAAACAAUACUCUAGCAUCAAUUGUUCCGCCCAUGAGAAAUGAUUCAGUGACGCAGGAGCACAAACAAAAAGUCGUCGAUUCACUGCGACAACUAUCGAUGGGAAAUGAACAAUUUUCGUUGGAAUUUUUAAAACGACUUUCGGCAGCUGUUAGCAAUGUUAAUUAUGAUUUUAUCGUGUCACCAUUUUCGAUUUGGUCACUGCUAGUGUUGACAGCCGAUGGUGCCGAUGGCGAUACAUACAGUCAAUUGCAACAGGUUCUUCGACUUCCUCAAGACCUCUCGUACCUGCGGAUGGCUUACAAACAUAUACAAAAAUCGAUGAACGUCAAUACGUCAACCGUUGAGGUUGCAUUGAAUCAAGCAUUGUUCAGCGAUAUAAACCGGCCCGUUGAAAAUGAAUACGCCUACAAAUUAGAUCACAUUUACGAAGCGGAACAUAUGCCGGUCGAUUUUCACAAUCCUGUUAAAACAUACGAUCAAAUCAACAAGUAUGUCAGCGAACAAACGCAUGGCCGAAUCAAUAAAAUUGUCAACAUGGAAGAUUUACGAGAGGCACAAAUGAUUCUUAUCUCGGCAUUAUUUUUCCGAGGACAAUGGAAGAGUCCAUUCAAUGUCAGCCAAACCAUCGAAGAGCCAUUCUAUGAUGAGAAUGAAAAGUUCCAAGAAAACGUUAACAUGAUGUUCCAACGGGGCACAUUCACAUACACGGGCAUUAAAGAGUUGGAUUCACUUGUUUUGGAAUUACCCUACGGUGAACAGGAUCAAUUGAGCAUGAUUGUUAUGUUACCCAGAAAAGGUGUGCUGCUCACAUCUGUCUUGGAAAAACUCUCAUCAUUUGGUAUUUCACGUGUGGUGACGGAAUUGCGACGUGCCGAGGCCGAAUUUGAAGAAGAUCAAGUCGAAGUAUUCUUACCACGAUUCUCAAUCACCGCUGAUUUUACUUUGAACGUAAUUCUCGAGCAAAUGGGUCUCACCGAUAUUUUCAAUGUGAAAAAGGCCAACUUAUCCGGAAUUUCGAAGCAUCCGAUCUUUUUGUCGCGCAUCAUUCACAAAGCAACCAUUGAUGUGAAUGAGGUUGGUACGGUUGCAACAGCAGCGACCGGUGCCAUUUUUGCUAAUAAAGCAAUAUCGCCACGUUUCCAUGCAAACCGUCCGUUCGCAUUUAUGAUCAUCGAAAAGAAUACAAACACACUGCUGUUUUGUGGUCAAGUGCGAAAACCGGGUAAAGUCGACUUUAAGCAAUUGUAAUUUACAAUGUGUCAGAUUUAGCCGUAAGCUUUUUCUAAAUCCAAUUAGAAUUGGUUCAAAUAUAAUUGACGUUAUGAUUAAGACGAAGGCUCAUUAAGAUUAAAUUUUAAUGCAAUCAAAUGACAUUUUCUCUGUGUAAUUAUUUAAGCCAGUAGACAAUAAAUGAUGCUUUUUUUUUAAAUAAAGAACAAAACAAGCGUAA